AUGGAAGUAGAUACACUGAAGGAUGAAUUCAAUCGUGUUGUUAAAAAGCAGAAACUUGCAUCGUCGAGAACUAUAGAUUUGGUAAACCAAAUCGAGAAAGAAAUUGAGCAGGCUAUCGGUGCUAUCCAAGAAAAUGGCACAGAUAGGGAUGCUGCAUCAAACCUGAACCAUGAAAUUCUUACCAAUCUGAAGAAUACGCUGAAAGAGUUGGUUCCAGUGAAGCAACUUGAGAGCUGCCAGAAAGAAAUGAACACUGCACUCGGCAAGUGGGUCAAGACCACCGAGAAAUUCUUCAUCAAUGAUAUUUCAAAAGCUUACAAGAAUGUCGACAUGGAACCACAUGUACUUAAUGAGAUUAUUGCAAACCAUCUAUACCGGGAGGCAUUAUUUGACAUAGGUGACAACUUUCUAGGAGAGGCCAGUUGCUUAGCAUCUAUAAAACUGAAACAACUGUUUCAGGAGAUGUAUGAGAUUUUUGGUGCGCUGCGGACUGAGAAAUCUGAGCCAGCUCUGAGUUGGGCAAUGAAAAAUCAUGAUGCACUACUGCAAAACGAUUCCUGUCUCGAGCUUAAGCUUCACCAGUUGCAGUUUGUUGAGAUACUCAAGCAAGGAAAAAGAGAUGAGGCUCUUCAGUAUGCUAGGACAUACCUCGCGCCAUUUGCUACCAUACACAAGGAUGUAAUCCAGAAGCUGAUAGCCUCCAUAUUAUGGGCCGGGCGCCUUGACCAGUCACCAUAUACAGAGUUCUUAGUACCAACUAACUGGGAGAAGCUAGCUGAGGAGUUCGCUCAACAGUUCUGCAAUCUGAAGGGUCAAUCCUCCACAGGUCCUAUGGGCAUGACAGUUGCAGCUGGAGCUGAAGUGUUGCCAAUUCUUCUUAAACUGAUGACGGUACUAACUGCAAAAAGGGAGUGGCACUCUAUGAAGGAAUUUCCUUUCCCAUUGGACCUCCGCAGGGAUUUUCAGUUCCACUCAGUGUUCAUCUGUCCUGUGCUUCGUGAGCAAGGUAGUGAUGAUAAUCCUCCAAUGCUUCUUCCAUGUGGGCAUGUCUUGUCGAAGCAGUCGACUGUGAAAUUAUCAAAGAGCAGCUCCCGGUCUUUCAAAUGCCCAUAUUGCCCGUUCGAAGCAUUGGCAUCUGAGUCCUUUGCUAUCUCUUUUCCUGUCAACGGUGCUACGUUCUUUUAUCACCUCCCUGAUAAUGUCAAAUUUUCGUUGACACUUGCAAAGAGUAUGAAAGAGAUGUAA